GUCUGUGCUUUCCAAAGUCCAAACGCAACUUUACGAUAUAUAAUGACCAUCCUCGCCCCCUUCUUCAAGACCCUAUAUAAUGGAUGGUCCAGGUCGAUCAAUUACCUAAAUUCCUCGCCAGAUCCGGUGGCGGCAAGCGGCGGCGCCGGACCAUGAACUCCUCCGUCUCCGAGCUCUCCUCCUCCGCCUCCCCCGUCUCGCGUCUCCCGAGGCCCCCCUCUCGGCCUCCACCGAAAGCUCGUACUCUAACCCUAACACUAGCCCGGUCAUCGCCUGCCAGAGAGGCGUCGCCGGAGCCGGCGGGCUUGGUCUUGAACCCGCGCUCGUCCUGCGCUCUCCGAUGCUGCCCCUGCGGACGGCGGCUGGGCCUCUUGGGAACCACGGUGGCGGCGCUGCUCCCAGUUCCUCCCUCUAAGGCGUCGGGUCCUGGCCCCUCCGAUACGGAGGAUAUGGUGGAGAGAUUCCAUCCUUCGAGGCCGGAUUGGUAUGAGGAACUCUACGCAAAGGCUCUGGAGCUGGGCACGAGAUCGUACGAAGCUGAGGUUGCAGCCUACAAAGCAACACUCUUUUCUCAAUUGACAGGAGAGAGUAAGAAAAUACUGGAGCUUGGCGUUGGCACUGGUCCUAAUUUCAAAUACUAUGCAAGUGCAGCAGAUAUUAAUGUCAUUGGAGUGGACCCUAAUAAAAAGAUGGAGAAAUAUGCUCAGGCAGCAGCUGUAGCAGCCGGGCUACCAUUAUCAAAUUUUAGUUUUAUGCGAGGGGUUGGGGAAGUUUUACCUGUAGGAGAUGAUACCAUGGAUGCAGUGAUUGGUACUCUGGUUUUGUGUUCUACCAAAGACAUUGACAUGGCACUUAGAGAGGUUAAAAGGGUGUUAAAACCAGGCGGUCUUUACUUAUUCAUUGAGCAUGUGGCUGCGCGUGAUGGCUCUCUCCUCCGAUUCGUGCAGAGCAUUCUUGAUCCACUCCAGCAGUUCGUUUCAGAUGGGUGUCACCUGACUAGGGAAACAGGGAAGCUAAUUUCGGAAACUGGAUUCUCCAGUGUGGACCUCAACACUGCAUUCCUCUCAUCUGCCGCCGUUUUAGGUCCCCAUGUUUAUGGAACAGCUCGUAAAUAGCAUGUCCUUAGUUAUCGCUCUCGUUUUUGGUCGCUUGUAAUGUAUUCUUAUUACUCCUACUCGUGUCGAAGAAGAUCCAGCAAUGCCUCUUAAAUGACCACUUUUUUUCCGGUGGAAAGUGGACCCAGUUCUCAUCGCAGAAGAGUCAUCUACCUGUACUUUUUUUUUUCCGAAGAUAAUGUACUAGGUGAUAAGGGAUCAAACUAUUAGUGCCCUUUUGGGCAUGUGUGCAUGGGCACAUUCACCAACUGGUUUAGAGUUUUGGAUGUAUCAUUCAAUAAUUGAAUUCAGAAUCUCUUGUUGCUGAGCAGAGAGAGAUGUGUCACUA